AUGGAAGAAAUACACGGCAAAGCAAAAACGAAGAAGAAAAAUCCUUUAGACACUGCUAAUAUAUUAUCAUCAAUAUUUUUUUUUUGGCUUCUACCAUUUUUUGUGAAAGGUUACAAGAAAGAUCUCACCGAAGAUGAUAUGUAUGAGCAUAGAAGUUGCCACGAAUCGGGCAAGUUGGGUGACCAGCUGCAACAGAAAUGGAAUAAACAACUACGCAAGAAGAAACCGUCAUUAAUAAAAGCCUGUGCCUCCAGUUUUGUUUUAGAUCUAUUAGGUAUCAAUUGUCUCAUAAUUAUUGCAGAAGUCAUAAGGAUAUCUCAGCCAUUCCUUAUUGCAGAACUUUUAAAAGUAUAUGAGUCUAAGCAGCUAGAUGAAGAAAGAAGUGAAAUCUACCUGUAUGCUUCUUUAAUCGUUCUCACUUCCUUUGUAGCAGCCAACAUGGGACAUAACUUUAAUUUAAGACUUAUGCAGUUAGGUAUGCAAAUGCGUGUAGCAUCAUGCUCCCUCAUAUACAGGAAAGCUCUAAAGUUGAGCAAGUCUGCUUUGGCUGAAACUACAAUAGGACAAAUGGUCAACUUGCUUUCCAACGAUGUGUCUCGAUUUGACUUGGCUGUUUACUUUUUCCAUAACAUAUACAUAGGCCCCAUAGAAAUAUUAAUUGUUAUGUACUUAUUAUACGUAAACGUGGGAGGAGCUGCGUUAGCAGGAGCUUUAGUAUUAUUAUUGUUUAUUCCAUUUCAAUCUUGGUUGGGUAAAAAGACAUCACAAUUUAGGCUUCAAACUGCCAACAGAACUGACGAGAGAGUAAGACUGAUGAAUGAAAUUAUAGCGGGGAUACAAGUAAUCAAAAUGUACACUUGGGAACAACCAUUUGCUAAAUUAGUAGAGUUUUCGAGAAAGAAGGAGAUGAAGUACAUUCGAUAUACCUCAGUUAUCAGAUCGGUGCUAAUGUCAUGCAUUAUAAUGCUUCACAGAAGUGCUAUAGCAGCCAGCAUUCUUGUAUAUGUAUUUACUGGAAAUGCGUUAACUGCUAGCUAUGCAUAUACCGUAACAUCAUACUAUAGACUUUUGUAUACAGUUACCAAUUUCUUACCGACGGCUAUUUCACAAGCUGCGGAAUUGUAUGUCUCUUCAGGGAGAAUACAAACAUUUUUAUUAUACGACGAAGUUGAAGACGGGAACUAUAUAGCUUUAGAUGAAAAAUCACACAAAGAGAACGGAAUUAAAGCACCGUUAGAACUUACCAUUAGAAACAAAGAACCAGGUAUACACCUUAAAAACGCUUCAGCUAAAUGGUUGAAAUCUUCUCCUGAAAAUAAUUUAGAGAAAAUCAACAUGGAAGUAACUCCCGGAAAUGUUGUAGCUAUUGUGGGUCCUGUAGGUAGUGGUAAAACUACUUUAUUACAUAUUAUUUUAAAGGAACUUGAAUUACAGUCAGGAUCUGUGGACGUUGACGGGGUUGUUUCUUAUGCAUCACAAGAACCCUGGUUAUUUGGGGGUAGUAUUAGACAAAAUAUCAUUUUUGGACAAAAGUUCGAUCAAAAUAAAUACGACGAAGUAGUUAAAGUAUGUGCGUUACAAAGAGAUUUUACUCUAUUUCCUCAUGGUGACAGGACUUUAGCUGGCGAAAGAGGGGUAUCACUUAGUGGGGGACAAAGAGCUAGGAUUAAUUUGGCUAGAGCUGUGUAUAAAGACGCUGAUAUAUAUCUACUAGAUGAUCCCCUAUCUGCGGUUGACGCUCAUGUUGGAAAACAACUAUUCGAAGACUGUGUUACCGGGUACCUUAGUAGCAAAUGUGUAGUUAUAGUAACUCAUCAGUUACAGUACUUAAAAAAGCUAAAACACAUAUACUUAAUGAGAGAUGGAAAGGUUAAAUUGUCUGGUACAUAUGCAGAUCUAAAAAAUUCCAAUACAGAAUACAGCAAACUUCUUACUGAUAUAAAAGACGAGGAAGAAACUAGGAAAUUGUCGAGAACAAGAACGCUUUCCAAGGAGGAAGAUAUGUUCGAAGAUAACGAAAUUCAAAUAUUGGAAAAGGAGGCACAAAGUACAGGCAAAAUUUCUGGUCGUGUAUAUAUGAACUUUAUUAAAGCUUCUGGGCAUCUUUUCCAUAUAUUUCUGCUAAGUGUGAUUUUUAUUACUAGUCAGUUUAUGGAAAGUUUCUCAGAGUACUACAUUACUUAUUGGGUCAAUAUUCAGCAAGUGAAUUCCAAAAAUCAGACUGAAACAGUUCAAUCUAUUCCAAAUAUAACAGCAGAUUUAAAUGUAACGUCCAACUCAAUUUUGCCGGAAUCAAUGAAAACCACCGUUCAAUCUGAAAACCCUUAUGAAGGUUGGUGGUUAACCCCCUUGUUUACCAGUGAAUAUACUGCCAUCUAUUAUUUACUCGUAGUAAUAACUUUGAUCAUUAUGAUCUUGGGACGAUCACUUUAUUUUUAUCAUUUAGCCUUAACAUCGUCGACUGCAUUGCAUAACCAAAUGUUUCAGAAUAUUAUUUACAGUCCUAUGAGGUUUUUCAACAUAAAUCCUUCUGGAAGAAUAUUAAACAGGUUCUCGAAAGAUAUUGGUGUUAUGGAUGAAAAUUUGCCAAUGACUCUUAUGGAUACUGUACAGAUUGGUUUAUAUGUUUUCUCGAUCUGUUUGGUAAUUGGAAGUCUAACCAUAUGGAUUGUUAUACCAACUGUACUGCUUGCAGUAUUAUUCUACCUGAUGAGAAUAGUUUUCGUCCAAACCAGUAGAGAUGUUAAGCGAAUAGAAGCUGUCACCAGAAGCCCAAUUUUCACACAUCUUUCUGCAUCGUUACAAGGACUGACAACAAUUAGAGCUUUUAAAGCCCAAGAUAUACUCAAAAAGGAAUUUGACAAUUAUCAAAAUUUGAAUACUUCAGCUUAUUUUAUCUUCGCGGGUGCUAACAGAACGUUUGGAUUUUGGCUUGAUUUUGUUUGUGUGGUUUAUAUUGGUUUGGUAUUGGCAGCUUUAUUGUUGAUUAAAAGUGAGCAAUUUGGAGGUAAUAUAGGUCUAGCCCUCUCGCAAGCUAUGGCUUUAAUGGGCAUGUUCCAAUGGGGAAUGCGACAGUGGAGUGAGUUUGAAAAUCAGAUGACGUCUGUAGAAAGAGUACAAGAAUACGCAGAUCUAAAACAAGAGAUAGAUCAACCCUCAAAUAAGCCACGAGAAACUUGGCCAGAAAAAGGAGAGGUAGAGUUCAGCAACAUGUCGUUGAAAUAUUCUCCUGACGAUCCAUUUGUUUUGAAAAACCUGACUUUUGUGGUCAAACCUAAAGAAAAAGUUGGUAUAGUAGGACGAACUGGAGCAGGAAAAUCUUCUUUAAUUCAAGCCCUAUUCCGACUAACCCACAUUGAAGGCAGUAUUAUUAUCGAUGGUGUUGAUACGAAGACGAUCUCUUUGAAAAAACUUAGGUCAAAUAUUUCUAUAAUACCGCAGGAGCCCGUGCUAUUUUCUGGAACGUUGCGAAAAAAUUUGGAUCCUUUUGACGAAUAUAAAGACGAGGUUCUGUGGAGCGCCCUAGAAGAAGUCGAACUGAAACACGCCGUCGAAGAAUUGCCAGCUGGUCUGGACAACAAAAUGGCCGAAGGAGGUUCAAAUUUCAGUGUAGGCCAAAGACAGUUGGUAUGUCUAGCAAGAGCUAUAAUACGAAACAAUAAAAUUCUCGUAUUAGAUGAAGCGACAGCCAACGUAGAUCCCCAUACCGAUGGAUUGAUUCAAACGACAAUCCGGAAGAAAUUUGAAAACUGUACAGUGUUAACAAUUGCGCAUAGAUUACAUACUAUAAUGGAUUCAGAUAAAGUUUUAGUUAUGGAUGCUGGAAAAAUGGUAGAGUUUGAUCAUCCAUAUGCCUUAUUGCAGAAUAAACAAGGAAUUUUCUAUUCAUUAGUGAUGAAGACAGGCAAGGGAACGGCUCAAACUCUAAUGUCAAUAGCAGAAGAAAGCCAGAAAAAUAAAUAG